AAUUUCCUACCUAUUUUUCACCAACUGUGUAGAAUCAAAAAACGACAAACACAAGCUGGAAUGUGUGUUUUAUAUAUUUGAGUGAUCGCAAUACGAAGUUGGUCUCAGCUCCGUGGGCGCCCUGACAGCGCGCAUGCCCAGUAGCGCCUUUGUGUGUCUGCAGCAGAGGCCAGCAGCUCGGCAGAUCAGCUCGGCAGGACUGGCUGGCGAGCCCGCCGCCGUGCACCGACACCCCGACACCCAGAACACACACACGGAGCUGGCAGGUUAGCCUCGCAGCUAAUCAUGGUGAAUGUAAAGAAACGGAAAGGUCGUGUCGUGAUCGACUCGGACUCCGAGGACAGCGCCAGUGAUGAUAAUUUAGAUCAGGAGCUUUUGUCUUUGGCAAAGAGGAAGAGGGUUGACUCAGGUGAGCAGGAAGAGCCUGUUAGUAAGCCUGCUGCCUCCACAGACUCUGAGACGUCUGACAGUGAUGAUGAGUGGACUGUUGGUGGCACCAAAGGUAAAAAGAAGGUUAAACCAGGGAAGGGGUCUGACAAGAAGAACGCCACAAAGAAGAGGGUGAAUAAGGCAGCAGCGUCUGGCAGCUCAGAUGGAGACAGUUCAGCUGAGAGCUCUGCACCGGAGGAGGGUGAGGUGUCUGAUUCUGAGAGCAACAGUUCGUCCUCCAGCUCGGACUCGGACUCCUCAGAGGACGAUGUGUUUCGGGACGGGUACGACGAUGACUUGAUGGGAGACGCGGAGGACAGAGCUCGGCUGGAGCAGAUGACAGAGAAGGAGAGAGAGCAGGAGCUGUUCAACCGAAUCGAGAAGAGAGAGGUGCUCAAGAGACGGUUUGAAAUUAAAAAGAAGUUGAAGACGGCAAAGAAGAAGGAGAAAGAGGAGAAGAAAAAGAAGCAGGAGGAAGAGCAAGAAAAAAGAAAGCUAUCUCAGGUUCAAGACACACAAGUGGUCAUGUCACAUAACAAGGAGAGACGAUCCAAACGCGACGAAAAACUUGACAAGAAGUCCCAGGCCAUGGAAGAACUGAAAGCUGAGCGUGAGAAGAAGAAAAACAGAACAGCGGAACUGCUGGCUAAACGUCAACCCCUGAAGACGAGCGAAGUGUACUCUGAUGAUGAGGAGGAGGAAGAGGAGGACGAUGACAAGUCCUCAGUAAAAAGCGAUAGGAGUUCACGCUCUUCAUCUUAUGACGAUGAUGAAAAAGAGGAGACGCCACCAAAGUCCCAGCCUGUUUCUCUUCCGGAUGAGCUCAACAGGAUCCGGCUGUCCAGACACAAGCUGGAGCGAUGGUGCCACAUGCCCUUCUUUGCUAAGACCGUGACUGGCUGCUUUGUGAGGAUAGGGAUUGGGAACAGCAGUAGUAAACCAGUUUAUAGGGUCGCUGAAAUAGUGGAUGUGGUGGAGACGGCAAAGGUGUACCAGCUUGGAUCAACGAGAACAAACAAAGGCUUACAGUUAAGGCAUGGUGGCGACACACGGGUUUUCAGGCUUGAGUUUGUGUCGAAUCAGGAGUUCACAGAAAAUGAGUUCAUGAAGUGGAAAGAGGCGAUGGUGGUUGCUGGGAUGCAAGUGCCGACUCUUGAUGAAAUCACCAAAAAAGAGCAGUCCAUCAAAGAGGCUCUAAACUACAAGUUCAACGACAAAGACAUAGAGGACAUUGUCAAGGAAAAAGACAGAUUCCGGAAAGCACCACCAAAUUAUGCCAUGAAGAAAACUCAACUCCUCAAAGAUAAGGCCAUGGCAGAAGAGAGCGGCGAUGGUGAUAAAGUGAAAGUGAUCCAGGAUGAGCUGAAUGAGCUGGAGGAGCGGGCAGAAGCACUUGACCGGCAGAGGACCAAGAACAUCUCUGCCAUCAGCUACAUUAACCAGAGGAACAGAAGCUGGAACAUUGUGGAGUCUGAAAAGGCUCUUGUGGCUGAAGGACAAAAUGCCAAGAACCAACAAAUGGAUCCUUUCACUCGAAGACAGUGCAAACCCACCAUGGUUUCUAAUGCCAGAGACCCAUCAGUCCAUGCAGCUAUCCUCGCUCACCUAAACCAGAAGUACGGCUCAGGGUCAGGGCAAGAUCCCAGCUCUGCAGAGAAGAACAAACUGGGUCAAGCAAGCCAGAAAGACAAAGAUGUCCCCAAGCCAACCAGUGACCUCUCAGAAGACCUUUUCAAAGUUCAUGAUUUUGAUGUCAAGAUUGACCUCCAGGUUCCCAAUGCAGAAGCAAAGUCUCUGUCUGUAAGCUCCAACGCCCUGCCAGUGAAGGACGGCGCCCCCCGCAGGUCCCUCAACCUGGAGGACUACAAGAAGAGGAGGGGGUUGAUCUAACGGCAGUAGCCGCCCCCCCCUCCCCAUUCAGAAACCACAUUGCAUGUGUAGUCGGCUGCGUGCGUGUGUGAGUGUGUGUGACUGUGUGUGUGUAAGAGAGAGAGUGAACCAGUGAAUGAGAGAGCGUGAGAGCGAGUCCCGGGCGAGCUGUUUGAAUGUUGAUCCAAGAGACUGUUUAUCUUAACACAGAGGACAUACUGAUUAAAGCAAAGACAACAUUUUUCUCAAAGGAUCUCUCUAGGAAGAAACUUGUCCAGACUUUUUUUUUUUUUUUUUUUUUUUUUUUUUGCAUUAUUACGCACAAACUCAUAAUGUUGAGUUGUGUUUUUCUUGGUUAUUUUAUGUAUUUAACUUUUCUCCCCUCUUUCGGAUCUUCUGGAGUUCACUCCUAUUGUGUCCUGUUGUUUUUUUAUUUUUUAUUUUUAUUGGUUUGUUUUGUUUUGUUUUUUUGUAAGGACACAGCGCUUGUGGAUUAUUACCUUGAAUAUGGACACUAUCUUAUAUGAUUUGAAUUGUGUUACUCUGAGAUUACUGGACUGGACACUUAAUGGCGCUGACCAGCUUUUUUCACCAACACUGAAUUACUGUUGUAAAUAUUUUUUCCUAAAGGUGAGGGCAUGUAGACUUGCGGUCCAUCUCAAGUUUGCCGGCUCUCGGUCUUUUGCAGAGCCGCGGAUGAUGGAAACUCCGGCCCUCGGUUCACACAUGAAGAUAAGUAAAGGAACUUGGCGUAGCUGGUUCAGUACACGUCAUGUGGGCAACACGCGUUGCUUUUUAAGUCUUUGAAACAACCUGAUUUAAGACGAAACCUUUUCUAUGGAUGAUUAAAAGCGUUGGUUCAUUUUGGUUAUCUCUAGGUUGUUUGUUCAUGAGGGGAAAAAAAAAAACCUCCCUCGCCCCUAUUCCCAGAGCAGAUUCUAAGUGUUAUCAAUCGUGUCCAUAGUCAGUUCCUGUAUUGAUGUGGCAUGCCAUGUAAAUAUGCAUUUUGGAGUGAGUGCGAAAAAAUAAAGAGGCACUGUUUCAUAA